AUGCCCCCGACAAGGGAAGUUGAGAAAGAUAAGCUGACCAAGCUCGUGGAGAAGCUCAAGGCUUAUGUCAAGGAACAUAAAGAUCGGCCAUUCAAAAGAAGGCCGGCUGGAUCCAAGCUUCGAAUUUUUUCGGACUGCGCAGGAAUUAGUCCAGAAACGAUCGCCAUGACACUGCUGGGUCUGAAAAAUCAUUUCACCAUUGUAGGUGGCAGUGAGAAUGAUGACUCCAAGCGACUUCUCGCAGAUGUGGUUCAUGAGGCUUGCCUGACCACCAGUACAUCGGCUGUGUUCGCUGAGGACAUCUUUAAGAGAGAUCCACGAGACUGCUCGCCUGCAGACAUCUACUUGGCAGGAUUCCCUUGCCCAGCAUAUUCAAAGUUAGGCCUCAGAUUUGGCUUGAGGGAUUCCAAAAAGAGAGGAAUUCCUAUGGUGGCUGGACUUCGGUACAUAGUGUACCACAAGCCGCCAGUGGUGCUCUUGGAGCAA